AUGAGUUACUCAAAGCAAGAAGAUGGAGAAGUGGCAAUGAAACUGCUGCCCGAGUCCUCCCCUCGGGCCUCAAUGUCUUCCACGGUCGCAGACGACCUGGAAGCCAAUAACAAAGAAGCCAUCGAUCAUACUCCUGUAGAGCUGGAGUACCAAACCUCCAUGGGCGUCAAGUAUGCAUGGCUAUGUGCUCUACUGGUUUUUGGAAUGCUCUUGACAGUCCAUAACAAAUUCAUUCUUGAAAAGUUUCCAUGCCCUUGGCUCUUAACAGGCAUACACAGUAUAUUCUCCGGAAUAGGCACAUUCAUCCUCCUAAAACUCGGUUAUUUCAAGUUAUCUAAACUAUCUCAUCGCGAUCACUUGGUCUUGAUCGCGUACUCGGUGCUCUUCAGCGUCAACAUUUUCUUUUCCAACUAUUCAUUGUCCCUCGUCAGCCUAGCAUUCUUCCAAAUCAUCCGAAAUACAUCUCCUAUCUUUACCGUUCUUUUGGAGAAGCUUUUCUUCUCACGCUCCUACCGCUUGGCCACAUAUAUCGCUCUGGUGCCAAUCGUGUUGGGUGCCGGCCUCACUGCCUCUGGCGAUUUCCAAUUCACCGUCUUCGGCCUCAUCAUCUCGGUAAUCGGUGUGCUCUUGGGUGUCUUGAAGAUCAUCGUCACCAACCGACUCAUGACCGGAUCCCUCGCUCUCCCCUCAUUAGAACUCAUCUACCGAAUGUCGAUCUACGCCUCUAUUCAAACAAUAGUCAUCGGAGUCUAUGCCGGCGAACUUUCCAAUCUGGACCCAUCUACACUGUGGCGCACCGACGCGAACGAUGAGUCCACGAUUCCCGUGACGUCCACUGCCCUAUCACUACUAGGAAACGGCCUGUUAGCCCUUCUACUGAACAUCUCGUCCUUCCAAGCAAACAAGGUAGCCGGCUCUCUCGCCAUCACAGUAUGGGGAAACGUCCGACAGACUUUGACUUUGAUUCUGGGUAUCCUGUUCCUGGGAGACUUCAACUUGAAUAUCCAAACUGGGGCAGGAAUCGUGCUUGUGGUGGUUGGUUGUGCGUUCUAUAGUAAAGCGGAGCUGGACUCCAAAAAGGAUAAUAAUAGAGGGUAG